CAGUGUUUGAUUCUUCGCUAAAAUUUCUCCCAACCUUCGACAACCUAGUUCUUGAUCUUGCUUUUCAAUGGAUCCACACUACGAACAGAGGUUAGUGGACGAAGUAAUUUACCUCCAUUCUCUCUGGCACCAAGGUCCUCCCUCAAGAUCAUUACCCUAUACAAACCUACAGCCUAUCACUCCCACUCAAUUCAAGAAACACAAGAAAACCCCCAAAUUUAAACCCAGGAACCCUAAGAAGGUCGGCAGUUUCUCCGGCACCGAAUGGCCGGUGAAACCUCUUCCCGAAGCCCCUCAAUUAACUCAAUCUGGAUGGCCGGAAUUGAAGCUAAAACCUAAUCCACAACAAACAACUCGUUUGCUAACACCAGAAGAACUAGAAAACCACAACUGGAACCAGAUCCAGCAAAGGGCAUUGAAGGCCGCGAAAGAAUUUUAUUCCAGAAAUAGCGGUAGCGAUGAUGAAGACAGCGAUGAGGACGACGAAGACGACGACAUGAAUGAAGAAGACAGUGAUGUUAGUGACAAAGAGUACAAUUUCUUUUGGAAAAUGUUUAACGACGAUGAAGAAUUGAAGGGUUAUUAUGUAAAACAUUGUGGUGGUGGAGGUGAGUUUUCAUGUCUGGUCUGUGGCGGAGUGAAUGAGAAGAAGCAUCUGAAAAGGUUGAAAAAGUUUAAAGAAUGUGUUGCUCUGGUUCAACAUUCGAUUUCCAUUGCAAAAACGAAGAAGAUUAGAUCACACAGAGCUUAUGGCCGAGUUAUCUGCAAAGUUCUUGGGUGGGAUAUCGAUAGGCUUCCUUCUCAAAUCGUCACAGAGCAUAAUUCUAGUGAAUUACAGGGAAAUGAUGUUCAUGGUGCUUGUAAUUCUGGUUCUAACAAGAUUAUAGAUGAUGGGUCGUUGAAUUUGGAGGUGAAUCCUGAUGAAAAAGCUCACGAUUCAGAAACUGUUGAUGAUGAAUCCAUGGUUUGUGAGGAGCCUUUGACAAUAGCAAAUGUAGAAGAAGAAGAAGAUACAGGGAAACAGGCUCUGAAUGAUGUGGAAACGACGACAAGGGGUGUAGUCAACAAUCUUUGCAGGAACAUGUCAUCAACAAUGGUGCUAGAAGCAGCAGAAACAAGAAAGUAGAGAUGAAUUUGCUGCUGGAAAUGUGAGUUAUAUAAUAUAUUGAUGUGUUACCUAGAAUUUUAAUAAGGUAUCAUCAUAUUAUAUGAUCUUUAGGUUUUUUAUUGGUUAUUCUAUUUAGGAAUUACCUCCUAUAUUGCGGUUUCUAGUUUAAAAUUGUGGAUAGAGUUUGAUAAUUAAAUUAUAUUCGUGAGUUGAGAUUUCCAUGACAAUGUAAGGACUCAUUUUUAUGGACAUAAUGAUAUAAAUUUGUUAGAAUUCGAUACAUAUUAUAUAUGACAUAAUUUCUGUC